AUGUCUCGCUGGGUUUGGUGUCUGCCGCUGCUCCUGGUGCUGCUGGUCCGAGCUCAAGAAAACCGAGUGACUUUCCUGCCAGGGACGUUCCAGAACGUGAACGUCUCGCAGAACGAGACGGUCCAGGCCGUGGUGUCCGGGAUCCCUCCGGGGGUGGCCUUCGUCACGCUGCAGUUCCACACGCAGCACCGCAACGCCACGCUGUCCUACACGAGGAUACCAGCUGCAGGUCUCUCCCUGACUGCAGUGGACGUGGGGCUCUUAUCAGCUCUCCAGCCGAGUCAAAUAACGCUCUCCUUGUUCCUGUCCACCCCUGACGGCGACACCGUAACAGGCACCGGCGUCAUCCUCCCCUACUCGAGCACUGAUCCGGUCCCUGGAGCCUGUAACAUCGAGUUUAACCUAGACGUGGAUCCAAACGUCUACAUCCACUACAACCUCUAUGAGACCACCAUCCGCUUUGCACCGGCUAACUUAGGAUCAGAGAGAGGGCGUCCUCCUCCAGUCUGCGAUGAAUCGACAGGAAGCGACACUCGCUGGCGGCUGCAGUACGACAUCUACCAGCACUUCCUGCCUGAGAACGACCCGUCGGAGAGCAGCCUGUUCAACGGGUUGAAGGCCGUGGCCGAGCAAGGCCGGACGGCGAACAGCCGACGGAUUUGAGGUCAUCUGGUUCACUACAGUC